AGAAGGUAUAUCGGCCGAUUCAGAUAAGCCGUGUUGCGAUAAGGUGUACGGACGCUUCGUCGCGGCCGCGGUCAACCGGUGACAGACAGUAAACAGAGUUUUUUGUGAAGAAGUAGAGAAGAAAGGGGGGAAGAAACACAGCAGAGGCGCACAGUGAAUAAAAACAAAGAGACAGGGAUAAAGGGAGAGAGGGAGGAAGAGAAAGAGAGAAAGCAAGAGACAAAAGGGAUUAUUAGUGUAGGAAUACAGAAGGUAGGAGGAGCCUGUACAUUGUAUACGAGAGAGAGAGAAAGAGAGGGAGAGAGUAUAUUUCCGAACCCGGCGUGUUUCAUCGUGAGGUCACAUCGUCUUCGUGCGGAUCUACAUGCCAAGUCGAGUGCCCCCACGACCGAUUGAGGACAAUUCGGGAAAUUAAGCGGGCCAACCGAGGACCCUCCGACCAUGUCGCUGCUCAGCGUAACGGUGAAGAAGGCGCGGUUCGCCUGCGAGGACGGUUCGUAUCGUAAGCGAGGGUGCAAAGAGGGCGAGGAGGGGGCGGAAACGUUCAACUCCUACGUGACGUUGAAGCUGCAAAACGUGAAAUCGACGACAGUCACCGUGAAAGGGGCCAAUCCAUGCUGGGAGCAAGACUUCCUCUUCGAGACGAAUGACAUGAACGCCGGGCUCUUGGUGGAGGUAUGGUGCAAAGGAUUCUUGUGGGACCGCUUCCUGGGCUACUACUAUAUCCCGCUGUCAGAGGUGUCCUAUAUGAACGAGGUAACGAGAAAUCAGUGCAACUUAAGUCGUACCGAGGUACAACAACAAGGUGAAUCACACACAUCGCCAGACAUGCGUGACACCAACAGCAACACACAGCAAGACGUCACCGACACGGAGACCACCGGCCAAUGGGUCGGCCUGAACCUGGAGCUGGAGAUGAGAGGCACUGAGAUCAUCGGCACGAAGAAGCCGUCGGGUCAUUCGCUGCUGAUCGACUGCCGGCUGGAGCUGCCGUACGGAAAGCGCGUACAACGAACUGGAUGGCAAGCCCUGCUAACGAGCGAAACAGCAAUGCAGUUGCGAGCAGCCCGGCCCAUGUGUGGCUCAGACCCCGAGAACACGGAGGCGGCCGAUCUGCAGAGGAAGCUGGAAAUGCUGAACAACAUGAUGGACCAGGAGGCGCGGGCCGAACAGGCACGAAGGCAGAUAUUGUACAAUAUAGGCCACUCGGGAUACUCGGAGGACUCUGACUACACGUCGGACUUGAAUUAUCCAGUAGGUGGACAGGGCGCGAACAGCUCGGCCUCGCAGUUUCGCACGGCGGCCAACCAAUUGGCUACGCCUCAGAGAUCCCUGGAGACGUCGAGAGAAAACAGUUACGAGAGAGACGAUCAUCAGAUUCCAGCCACCGUCGGUGGAAGACUGGCGCCCAGUAAUUACGGAAGUUACGGGGGCUCGAGUCAUAGUCCGAGAUACGACGAGCCGUAUCCUGAGGAAGGUCCGCCGCAGAGAUACUUGCAGUCCCAGCACCCUUCAGAGUCUUCCGAGCCACUCUUCUAUAACAGCAGACCAAAACACUAUAAGGAAUAUAGACGACGGAAGCACACGUGGGAUUACGAGGACAGCCAAGACGGCUGGUACAGCGAGGGCCAUGACUAUCACAGCACGAGGGUCGAUGACACGAGAAUCUAUAGCGACACUGAAUCUACACCGACACACUACACGAACAGCUCGAGCACGAGAAGACGGGAUGGAAAAGCUAUACCGCACAGAAGACCGUCUCUGGAGAGACAGAUGACCCUGUAUGACGAUCACUCGUAUUACGGGUACAACAGCGACGGAAGAGUGGGUAAAAUGAGCGCCACGUAUCCGGAAUGCGAGACCGAUAUUAGGUAUAACGAGUACUACGACAACAUAACGGGAUGCACCUAUCAGGAUGAGAGGCACGGUUUGGACGACGAGGACAGGCAGUGGGAUAGUGGAGGGAAAUGGUACCCUGGGACAACGAGUACGCACUAUGAAAAUAAACAUAACAGAAAGACACUUCCGCAGCGGCCAGCUUCGAGCAUCGGGAUACACCGGCCGGACUACAGGCCCGCCGUUACCCGACAGCGUAGCUACGAGUCGGAAGAACUCGACUACAACGGGCACAGUGCUCGUCGCCGGAAAGUCCUGCAGCCGCAGCAACGUCCAAUGUCCCGGCAGGAGGGCACCGGUAAGAAACUACCUCCGACCCCGACCAAGCCGAGCAACGUGAUAGUCAGUCGUAAGCUCGUGUCUCUGCCCGCUACGCCGAGCAGACAACUGCCAAAGACCAGGACGCCCUCCGAGGAGAGCUAUUACAAGUCCGACUACAACGAGGACUACAAUUACGCUUACCGUAGUCAGGACAAUCUGCCGCAGGACUCGUACACGGACAACAUUUAUGGGCAACAAGGCAGCGGCUUCGUCGACCAGCCGGUGCAGCAGCAGCAACAGCAGCAGCAGCAGCAGCAGCAACAGCAGCAUGCCGUCAACAAGAAUUACCCGACUAUCACGCAGGUCGACGAUCAAUACAGUCAUUCGUAUCCGCAGCAGCAUGCACAGCAGAACAGCUACGGGAAGCAAACGUACACGCAGCAGAACUCGUACAAGGACGAGUACCAGCAGCAACCGUACGCGCAACAGAACACACAGGUGUAUCAAGAAUCUUAUCAGGACACGACAUAUCCGAUCGCUGCCAAUCAGGCGAACGACCAGUACGCGGGAGAUCAGUCGAACAGUCAAUACGACAAGGCAGAUGGCAUGAUAAUUGAGGACAAUUACCACGAGAUGGGUUUCAACCAGAACAACGUGCAAUACCAGCAGGAUUACACGCAGGACGUUUAUCAAGAGAAAUACGACGAUUACGGUGCCGUCACCGUGCCGUCAAACACCUACGAUCAGAAUACUUACGAUCAGAACACCUACGAUCAGAACAAUGUCGGGAACACCUACAAUCAGUAUCAGCCGUCACAACAGUACGACUCGCAGUACAAUAUUAAUACGUCGACCGAUUAUCAGGAUACUUAUCAAAAGACGUACAAUCAAGUGCCUGUUACGUCGCAGGAGAAUUAUCAGGAACCUCAUACAAAACAGCCGGAAGACUUCGUAGAUUAUCAUACUCCGUACAGUAAGCAGGAGGACGUACCUACGACGUACAAGAACAAUUCUUAUCAGGAAUCUUACCAGGAAGAUCAAGAGUCAUACGACGGGUAUCAAGACUCUUAUCAAGGAUCUUUCGAAGAGCAACAGCGUUACAAGGACACUCCGGCGACGACGACGGCUACGGUGACGGACAGGAGACAGAGCGAAGUGCCUGAGCUCUCCGUGACCACGCCUAAAGGCCAAACGAGCUCGAACGGCUAUCCGUCGAACGAGUCGGAAUAUUUCUAUCAGUCGCAACAGACCGAGGACACGUCGCCGCUGGCAACCUCGAGGAGGAAGAAACUCGGUAAACGCGAAACCAGUCCGCUUCUCCAGCAAAACACGGACUCCCUCGAGUCUCGGGAUGACGAGUUGAAAGAUUCAUUCGACACAGCUGUGAGCUCGAUCGGUAGUCAGCCGAAGAAAGGCUUCGCCGAGUACUCGACGACCAAUGACGCGCUCGCCAGCUCGAUGGACUCGCCGCGAAGCAUCCCUCAGAUUCCGCAAACCACGAUGGUUAAUCACGUGUCGAUGACCAAUCAUGUGACCACCAGUAUGACCGUGACCGCGAUGGUACACGGCACCCCCAUUGCGAACGGCAAGCGACUAGCCAGAACAGAUUCCUACCAGGAGGACAUGAUUGAGGACGAGGAAUACCCAGAGAUCAUUCCUAAGGAGCCACAACGCAAGGAUUCGCAGAUGUCGCAUCAAAGUCAGAUGAGCCAGCACUCGUCGACACUCGCUCAGAAGCCGAAGCUCACCAGAGGCGACUCUUACGCUUCGGACAACUUCCCCGAGGAGUCGUACAGUCGCAGGGAUUCGUACGCACAAUUGACCAGGAAGGAUUCUUUCUCUUCGAGCACACAGGAUGGCUUCAAGCCACCUUUAACCAGAACCGACUCGUAUCAGCAAAGAGAAUUGCGAAUAAGCAAUUAUAAAACUUCGCCGAACUUUACCGCACCGCAACCCAUCUCGCGAGCGGAGAGUUAUCAGCGUGGUCACUUCAAGGACCAGGAGUCGAUAGAUCAAAGCGACAUUGUUCUAGGCAACGCAGUGAACGGGGACUAUCAAAUGCGGGACGAGACUCUUGAGAGGUACGAACGGGGUGAGGAAGCCUUGCUUCGUAACUCUCGAGAGGACUCAUUGGUUGAACCGUACAAGGGAACUCCGCCGUUGUCGCAUAUCGAGAGUCCUCGUGGGAGUAUAACGAAGCAGGCAUCCUUGGAGGAGAGCGUUCAGAUGGAUACUCCGCCGCGAAGUCCACCCGAGCCGACACCCGACGAAGAACUCCUGAAGAUGGUCGGAGCCGCGCCGGUGCCGACGCAGCUGAAGGAACGUCCGGGGAUGACGGCGAGGCAGCGCUGGCAUUGGGCGUUCAAUCAGAUCAUUCUCAUCGGAAUGAACGUGAGUACUAUGACUUUGUCAGUCCUUAUAAUCCCGUCCAUGCAAUUUCUGUCGCCAGUCACAGGUGAGUUUUAUCUAGGCGCAAUGCUCUGCCUUUAAUCGUGUAGCUAUUAUUAUCGAUACGAGUGCGUUAUUGCAUUUCGCGGCGAGUCAGCACUCACCGCACGAAGUUUAUUCUAAAAAAAAAUGGGAACGGUGAAAACAUGCGGCCAUAUGUCGCCAGUAAGUGUUACCCCUUCGAUCACUCAGGCUCCGACUUCGCAGUGGCCAAGCAAACAGUAAAGCUUGACUUCCAGUGUAUGAGAUCUCUCUCUCUUUUACACCCAGUGCGAUAAGAAAGCGAUAAAAGCGUAGGUAAGGUACAAGUCGUGUCUCCAUUGUACAGCGCAGAUGUGAUAAUGCGUCAUUGUGUGCGGGAAGCUUUAACAAUAAGGCAAUUUUAUCAAAUCGCUCCGAGAGCGUGGCGCCCACGCGUGGCGAUACGUCGAAGCGUUAAAUGGAGAAUGGAAAAAAUAUAUGGCGUUGUAUCUGCUCCCACAAGCGCUCUUUCCUGUUGUACGCAUUGCAAUCCUUGAAACAUCCCGAUCAAUACCGAUUGAUACGGCUUGAGAUAACGACGUUUAAACACGUCUAAGGCUCGAAUUUAGACUAGCGAUUGUCGAUUGACGGUUAGUUUUCAACCAAUUAAAGCAAAUUUUAGCUAUUGAUUGUGUUGCUCUGAUUGGUUAAACACUAAUCGCCAAUUAUUAAUCGGCAAUCGCUAAUCUGAUUCGGGUUUAAGGCCUCAUCGACCAGUAAAAAAAGAUAUUCUUGUUUGAGAAGUAUCUUGAUUUUUGACAUGUUAAUCCUCAAAUGAGAUUACAUCCUUUUUUUCUGUCUGUCUUUUUUCUCAUCUUUUUUUUCUGUGCAAACAUUCGAGCUCAUAUCAAUUGCGUGUUUGUGAAAAUGCGCGAGCCCGUCUAUAGGUGUGGUGUGCCUGCACUUUUUAGUACACGUUUCGAACGAGGAGCGAUUAAAUAUUCAUAAGACGCGGCGCAAUAUACCAGAUAUUUACGUAGAAACUUCUCUUCUUUUUUAUCGUCGCUAACACAGCACGGGCGUUAUGAAAACUGCAACGACUUUCCGGCUAGGAAAUUAUUGGAAAUCGUUGAGAAUUUACGGUUUCUCACGCGAAGUCGUUUCUCUAUUUUUCGCGUUGAAUCUUAGCGCGAAUUCCUCGGGAAUUCUUGCUGCUUCGUGAUUUAUGUCCUUUUUGAAAAAUUUCGCGAAAGCGCUGGAGGUUAAUUAGCAGCAUGAGCGAUUUAACCCGACUAGAAAUUUACUCUGAUCUGGUUGAUUCACAAUCAAUUGUCCGGCUCGUGUACAACGUGUGUGAUGUUGCCGGAUCUGAAUUAUUAAGAAUACACGAGGCAAGUGAGAAAUGCUGAUGUUGGAGCAAAUAUUUAAUAACGGAAGGAUAAUAAUAUUUGACAGUGUUAAUGCGCGCGAAUAAUUAACACUGUCAAAUAUUAUUGAGUUUACGGAAAAAAAAUUCAGUUGUUUCAACACAAAGUUUGAUUUUAAUGAACGACCCGUUUUGUUCGAAGAACACAGAAUUUCUGUGAGGUUAUCCAAAUUUGAUUCUAAGAAUCAAAAAUUCCGUUUCCUUCAACCAAAACACCUAGGAGAGAGGGUUCGUCCAUUACAAUCGAACUUUAUGUUAAUUUUUUUCUUUUCCGUGCUUUUAUUAAAUAUUUGCUGCAACAUCAACGUGAAGUUCUUACUCGCCUUGUGUAUUCUUAAUUUAAUUGUAUACUUCGAGAGUCUGUACAUAUAUUAUACAUUAAGAAGAAAGUACUUGCAAAUUUAUUUGUGUGGGAUGUAAACUUUAUUCCACAGAAAUAAAUUUUGCUUUUUACACAUAGAUUUUAUAUCUCGCAAAUGAAUGUUUAAAUAUUUUUUUCCCAAUGUAUAAUAUGUCCUAAUUAUUAAUGGUCAUUAUAUUGAUAAAGUUUCGAUUGUCAUGCUGCAUCACAUGACUUAUUAGAGCUCGAUAACAUCACUUUGUACAAAUCAUACAACUGAUUCGGAUCUCGAACAAGACCAUAAGAUAAACUUCUAUUUGGGAAUGUGGGCUUUUAGCUGCUUGCAGGAAUCGACCCGCUGAAGUGGACGUGGAAGAACGGAAAGUAACCCCGAGAAAAUAUCGACGGGCGCACCGAAACAGCGAGGGUGCAUCGGGAGUUUAACCCCAAAGUGGUUCUGAGCAGACCCGAAAGAGGUUAACAGUGUCGUGCGACCGUAUGACGGUUCGUUUAAGCAGUUUCGAAAUCUGAUACUGAUUCGUAAAGGAUAGUCCACGCUCGCGCGCGAGUAGCGUUUGCCCGAGGGCGAUAAAAUCCGUAUUUUUCUCGCGCGUUACUUUAAAGGCGGUCGUUCCACCAUCUUUUGUGUACUCGACUUUGUGGAGGCGUGUCGCUGAGCGUCCUAAAGAUUUAUAUAUGUAAUACAUGCAUACAUAUAAACAUAUAUGUAUAUAUUUCCCGCUCUCUUAUAUCUCGUGAAAAGAAUAUAACGGAGAGAUAUAAUGGAGACAGCUCAUAGUUGAGGUAACCUGCAAUAUAUGAAAAAUACGUUUGCAAUCGGGAAAAUUGGAAACUUGAAUGCAAAAGAGAGAUGAGAUAUGUUUUACCUUAACAUUUCUAUACUUUAACGUUUUCUUCUUGCUGCUUUUUUUUGCGACGUUUCGCGUUUACGAGAUUUGUCCAAGAGACGUCCGCGCUCAGUCGCGAUCAGUUAUUUGAAGUGAUUUAUUCAAUUCGAAAGUGAGCUUCGCGUUUGCGAAGCGUGCGAGCUUUUUCGUCGAAGAAGGAGACACGCAAAGGGGAAUCUUGUAUUUAUUAUAUAUCUGUCAUUAAAACGAGGAUAAGUGAACCGGGGAAAAGCGCGUCCGGGAAAGCGCUUGUAUCCAGAAAAUCAGCGGUUUGCUUUGAGCAUCGCUAAUUGCGUCUCCGACCCCGAUACGGAACGCCCCGAAUCGGUUCCGCCGAUUUGUCUCGUUCAGUUUGACGAAGGACACAUCACGGUGGUUGCGCGUACACCGUAUUGAAUUCGCCCUAAUGGUAUCUGCACGCGUAAAUUCUGGUCGAAUACGCUCGACGCUGGCCGAGAGUAUGUGUACACGAGUUCACUCUAUUCCGUCGUAUCUGAUGAAAGAGUUUACUAAGUGAUUUCGCCCCACGCGUUUGGUUAUGUGUGUGUUAAAUUCACGCGAAUGCUUAUCGUUCGCUUAUCAAUCUUUGAUUUGUUCCGAGAAUCGACGAGAAAGGUGUCAUUUUAUCGUAAAUUUGUCCCCCUGCGGCAAUUUGCUGAAUCAUUCGGCCGAGAUCGUGAGAUUUCACGCUGUUCUUUCUCUCUUUCUCUUUUCCUUUCUUGUUUAGACACCGAGAACCGUUCAUUGAAACGGCGCGAUUAUUUUUUUCCGCCCAUCGUCGCGACACGAUGCCGUUGUUUUGUUUUCUCCGUGGUAAAACGCGCGUAACGCGGCGCAAAGGUCGACGGUGCGGCAAUCAGGACGCGGUGUCGGACUUCGUCGCCCGCGGUGAUUUUCGCGAAUACGUCACCGGGACGGCUGGGUGAUCGCGAUGAAAAGUCGGUGGUUAGAGCGGCCAUUGAAAGGGGUGACGGCGUGCCGCGCGCCGCAAAAUCCUUCUCGGUUCGCUCGAACGCCUCAAAACUAAACGGGCAGGCUAAGCCCCGUUGCCCGUAAACACCUCGUGGCUUUCAUUUUACGAAGCGUAUUUUCAACAUGAGAAAGAGAAAGGAAAGAAAAAAAAGAAGGAAGGAAGGAAAAGAGGAAAAAAGAAGGAAGGAAAUGCCAAAAAUUCCUGUAAAUCGUCGCUCGCAAAACCAAUAUUUUCCAAUAAAAUUCAUGGUACAAGUGAAAACGAGUCGAGAAAUUUUAGUUUUGCAUGAUUUUAAAUUCACUGCAAAUUCGGUCGAUCUUAAAGGAUCAAUAGAGAAUCUCAAAGUGUAACACUAUACAAGCCAUCGUUCUCUUGACACUACAAGUAUUUACCGCCAUAUCUGUUGAGACUUAAGCAAGAACUCGUUUAGGAAAUAUUUAAUAUUCUAUCAUCUCAAUAGUUAAGGUUGGACCUCCAUGUUGAAGCCGUGAGAGAGGAAGCACUCAUUUAAGAAUUAUUUAAUAUUCCAUCAUCUUUACAAUUUCACUUGCAUUUAACUUUCUUCAAUUCUUGAUGAGCAAAUAUUAAAUAACUUAAGAAGGAUUAACAGAUAAGUGGGUGGAUGAAAUAACAACUUUCCUUUUUCAUAGUCUCUGCAUUAUUAUUUCUUAUUGGUGUUAAAAGCCUCAAUAGCAUUUGAAGAUUCAAAAGAGGUGAAAAGAGGAGGGCUUGUGCAUCCGAUUCAGCUACAUCCCGCGCCCUAUGAUCCGUCCUAAAGUCAGAGUCCUGGUCGUCAUUGCGGUCAAUCGCUCAAUGUUGCCGUACGAAAAUACGAAUCGAUCGGGCACGCAACGUUAAUUAAUAAUCGCACGUUAACCGACGACGAUCGUCAAAUAUUACGAGCGACAUUUCCGAUACAUGCCGUGCAACCGUCCUGAUAAUUUGGCAAUUUCAUAAUUUGACUACGUCAAAGGCCCGGAGUGUUUAGAGUAUGUUGAUUGUCGUGAUUGCUCGACCGCCGUGUGUACGCGUCUUUGUUUGACGGGCGGCGACUAUUUGCAAUUGACGGUACUUAACUUUGUUCAUUCCAAGAACAUGAUGAUUGUUUUGGAACGCUCGCGCACCUGCCCAAGUCAUUACCUCUCGAGCUGACAAACAACACGCACACAUCGCGACGCGGCGGAAGACGAAUUUCGAUGAGUGCUUUUGUACAAUUCCCGUCGAGUGAUCGAGACACUUCGCCGGUUCUGGAAAUACUUGAUUCUCGCCAGCUGAUCGCGGUUAAUUAACACGCGUUUCUCCGAUCGAAUCGUAUCUAAACGAGUGUCAGUGUGCCAGUGAGUGACUGUAAUGAGGCAGUCGGAAAUAGGAUGCUGAGUCGAACAGUCAAGACAUGUCCAGGUAUGUUAAAUCACUCAUUACGCGGAAUGUAUCUGAACUUAACGGACGUUUGACGAACUCACCGAGAAUGAAUAAAGAUGUAUCCCGAAUAUCGAAAUUCAUUGUUUAUAUUCGAAAGGCCGGCAUUUCAUAGCAAAUUUAAUAAAUGGUUAUAACUUUAUGAAUCUUUGAACAUUCGUCAACAUAUUGAAUAUCGCGUCACCGGUGACCGAUAUUGUGAUAUUGUCGCGUCUCAUUGAAUUAUGUAUAAAGUAUGAUUAAUUGUGUUUGAAAAAUCACCGGGGUACCAAUAGAGCGCUGAUAUAAAUCGCAGUGGAAGAUAUAUGCAUCGAAAAUUAUAUUUAUUUAUCGUGUUGUUAAUGAUUUAAUCGUCAAUUGAGCUUUUGUGCAAUCAACGGAAAAAACACGCGGUAGUCUGUUACUAUUUGUUUCAUACAACGAGAAAGAUCAAUACAGCCAACCGAAUGACGGUCUAUAAAUACGAGUCUGCGACUAAUUAUGCUUUCAAUCAAGACUCUUGAAUAAUUCACAACUAUGAAUACAUCGGCGCCUUAGAAUUCAUUGUAAAUCUUGUAAGUGAUAUCCACGUCUAAUAAUGCUCCUUUAGCAGCAAGUUCGACCUUGUUUACAUUUGUCAUUGUUUUCUUUUUAUUUCUUGCACCUUUGCUACUUUUUGUGCUGAUUCCAAAUAUAAAUCUCUAUUGAAAACAGAGUAUUAUCGGAUGCAAUUAACUUUGCUUUCUCUUAAUCAGCUUCUUCUUAAUCAGUUUCUUCUUAAUCAGCUUCUUCUUAAUCAGCUUUUUUAAGUUACAAAUCUUAUCGACACUUCCAAUGUUAAACAAAAGAAAUUAUAAGAAUAAACAAUUGUUUCAUUUACUUGCACCCUAAUCUUUAUAAGAUUAUUUAAUAUUUGCUUAUCUCUCACGUAUCCUGUUUGCAAUUGAGAGUUGUACGAGGGAAAGUCAUUAAUUAAAGGCAAUUUUGGGAUACCGUUUUACUAGGUUAGACAUAGAGAAUUCGAUAGCGAUGUCACCAAUUGUGAUUCUCCGGGACUCCCUAAUGCGUGUAUUAAUUUGCACUUUGAUUGUAUCUGUCACGACGGUUGUUGAUCUCCCCCGAUCGGUUCUCAUCGCGGACAUUGCACCUGCCCUCCGUAAACUUCUGGACCAACUAAUACACUUUACGUUGGCUUAAAUAACUGUCUCCAUACUGAGCUAUCGUUCUACCAUAAAUUUCUCUCGUUUUCACAUAUUCCUACCAUAAAAAACGUAUAACAAUUCGUUACUUUUUGAUGGUGCACUCUGACUGUGUAGUAUCUUCGAUGCUUCACUGUGCAUGCGCGGAUAGCGGGAUUAUCAACACGUAAUGUGUGCUUAAGUAACUACUUUGUAAUAUGAUCCAACAAAUUUUAGCGAAAUAUCAGUUUCACGUCGAUUUUACCGAAAUUGCUUGUAAUUAAUGACUUUAUAAUCCGUACAAUCAAUAUAUUGCUGAUCGUAAUUAAGAAUAAAGAUCUAGUGCGGAUAAAAUAUUGGGGUAAUAUCGAACAUUAAAUAAUUCUGAAAUAAAUUUUUCUUUAAAACUUGGUAUAUAAUAAAAUAAGCAGCUAAAAUAGCAGUGAAGUAACUUAUAGUUACUUAUCACAGUAGGACAAUAGUCUGUAUAGCGUUAUAUCUCGAGAUUUCUCAUUGAUCCUUCAUAUCCCACGGUGUCUACAGGAUUAGUGUAGAAUCAAAAUUUUGGCACGGAAUGUCUCGCGUGCGCGCGCAAAUGCGCGCCUAUAAGACGAAGCGAAAACAGUUUGAGGACGAUAGAUCGCUCAAGGAGCUCAAGGAGCUACGUCAACGAAGUGGAGAAUACGAACGUAUCGAUUCGCGAUUGCUCGGAGCUCGCACCUCUUUGAGAUUCAGGAAUUCGCGUUAGGCGAAGAAAUUUACGCUAGGUUGUGUCGGUGCGGGUGCGCAACAAAUUUCGUACGUUCUAUCUCGCAUCUGAUACGCAGCCUCUCUCUCUUUCUGUCUCUUUCUUUCUGUUCCUCCUCUCCCCUCUCCCUCUCUUUCUCUCGUUUGCGAAGAUUAGCGAUUGCGUGCAGGGGAGUGUUAUUUAUAUCUCCUUAGCGAAACUGCGCGAUUAAAAAGAGUUAAAGCGCCGCGAUAUCCAGUUAACGACUGGAUGGGGUGGAAAUAAGGUGAAGGAGAGGCAGCGCUCAGGAGAGAGAGGGGACGAUUUAUACGGUGCACCCCGAGCGACAUUACAUUGCAUAGCCUCGGCUGGUAGUUUUUAUUGCCUGACCAUCGAGGAAGUCCGUCGAUAACGUCGAGGAGCAACGGGUGUAAGUGACGGACAAAGGCGGCGAUCCUUGAGACAGUCGGUCGAUCGAACGUAAUCGUGGGGCGAGUUGAACAAAGUUGGUUUGUGUCUCGAUAGACGCGCCAGAGGGUGGAAUCGCAUCAGCGUCGUAACGUAUUCCAAGCUCGAUUUCCGGUCCGGCGACUCGCGCGACCUUACGCAAAUGGUUCGUGAGAGACGCCCAGGACAACACGAGGAGGCGCUGCCCGGCGCGUUUCUAGUAACGCCCGAGGGUAAGCCCCUUGCAAAUUGUUUCCGCGGAAUCAUUUAAUUGGAAUACUACGAUACGACGCGUUCUCACGGGCGAUCGCGUCGCCUCCGUCGUCGAUCUCACGGCGAUAUUAUCGACCUGCCGAGCGGUUAUUCUCGUGAUUGCCCUCCCGGCUACCAUCGCCUCUUUCCACGGUGUUCUGAGUAUGCUUCUGUAUGCACGUUAUCGGAGCGAAUAUACUGAAUAUAACUCGGCCGAUAGGACGGGUUAAAAGCGUCCGUCGAAGUUUCGUAACGGCCCGCGGAUCGGUAACUUCGAUCUUCGCAAAAAUAGCAGACGCGGACGCGCGCGCGCGAGAGAAAGAGAGAGAGAGAGAGAGAGAUGCGGGAGAUUCGCCGCCGCCGCGGAUCUCGCCUCGGCGAAGUCACGACGAUAUAUAUCCCCGCGAUAUUCUUCCUUUCUGCGAGGGAUCCUACUUUCGUCCGCGCGCGCGUCUCUCGAACGAGGUCAUCGAAAAUCGCUAAGACAGUUACCGUUCCGCCCCGACGUCGAUGAUCGCGAUUUCGUUCGCCCCAUCGUCUCGCAAUCGAUCAACCCGCGAAACGUAAGAGCUCGUCGCCGCGAGUCUCGCGAGCCCGGUUAAUGGGAGAUCCGUCCUCUUCGUUCUCUCAUGUGUUACGAGAUGCAUCUGCACGCUCGAAUUUAUCGCAGCCGGAAGGAGGAUGCGCGGCGUCGCGUCGCGGCCAGCAGGAAAAAGGAGACACCGUCGCGAGACAUCGCUCGUCCGAUGAUCUACGAGGUCGCGCGAAAUUUACGACGGGCAAUUUGCGCCCUGUUCCUCGUUGCAUUUAAUGAUCCCGGUUUAAUUAAUGAUUGUCAUCCACGGAACAUGCGCCCAACCAGUUAAUUCGACGCCUCUCUCCGCUUUUACGAUCGCCGUCUUUCACUAGGCCGGUCGCAUUUUCUCUUCUUUUCUUUCCCUCUCUCUCUCGCAGGAGAACGUACGCGAGGUCCUCCCUUCGUGCUCUCCUUCACAUCUCACGAGGAAAAUAGUCGGCGCUUUAUUAAUAUUAAUGAAACACCCUACGCGGAAAUUAAAGUGGCAAUUACCGCGGCUCCUUGCGAGCCUUCUCUCCGCGAGGUUUCCGCGUAACGAUUUCCUUUCUGCCUGGCCGGAAUAAACGUUCCUCCCUUUCUGCAAACUCCCCUCGUCCAUCGAUCUUCAAUAAUGUAAGGAACUUAUCUUUUCGAUGAGUAAUAAAUGAUGUCGCGUCAGGGCCCGGGGCGCUCGUGAGAUUUCAUUAAUUAUCGUCGGUUGGCCGCGAAGGAGCGGGCUCCAGCGUGUGCUCUUUGAGACGGGUUCCCUCCCUUUCUUUCUCAGUCGAGAACAGGUGUUCCCACGUAGGUUCCCCUGCCGGAAAUCUCGGUAGCCGACGGCGCUGUCGAAUCGCGCGAAGAGCAACUAAGUGAGCGGACGAGCGUGAAUCCUGGAACUAAAAGUCCUGGAAGUAAAAAGAACAGCUGACGCGGAACGGUCUCGAACAGAGUCCGGGGCGCGAACGGUGGUUGAGUAAGAAGUAGAACAGCGAGAUUUUCUCUAACAACACGUUAGGCCGAUAUUGCCGCUUCUUCUCGCCGUCGUCGUCGGCUGCUCGCCGAAAAGAGAACACGCUUAAGAAACUGUCUUCGGUACACACACACACACACACACACACACACGCGCGCGCCCGCGCGCGUGCGUUUCUCGUCUCUUUACUUCCGAUUUUAUAUCGAGUUUCCCCGUCUCGCGUUUCGAAGAGCUCGGGAGUUGAGGCGUUUCGCUUUCGUCGCUCUCGCUCGUGCGAGAGGACGAGCCGCCUCGAUUUUGUACAUCUCUUUAAGUGCUUUCCACUGUAAGUUCCCGAACUUGUACGAGGUUCGUGCACGUACCUCUGUGCGCCACUGAUACAUACUUAUUUCGAAUUCAAACAUCCAUUUCUGGAGCUCCGAAGCUCUUGCGCGAAACCUUCGCGGCGAUCAUCCAAUAUAAAUUGUCGUCGAAAACGACGAAGGAAAUGAUCUUUUGACUUUUGUCACACUCAUAGUGAGUUGACACGACGUAGCCACAAGAGCAGUUCCCGGUGAAAUCGCUUAUUAAGAGAACUAUAAGGCCUGGGAAAAACGGUGUGGUUGGCUGGCACAUUAAUCUAGUCGUGUCGAGCAGAUACAACAGUAAAAUACGAAACAACUGAUUAUGUGGUCGCUGCAACCACAGAGCAAUUGCUGAGUUACAGUGACGAUAGCUGAUUGCUCUCCCAUCAGAGUAUAUCAUGAUAAAUGCCACCCCGACCAAUUUCUAGUUGCCAUAACCAGAUCACGCGCAACUACGUUGAUAUAAUCGAUGUUGACCAAAGUAACUGAGUCUUAUCAACCGGACACACUACCAUUUAUACAAAGAUUACAACAGUGAUGCAAUACUAUAUUACUUACAACAAAAUAUUUCUGGUUAUGUAUUCACCAUAUCUCUCUUUUUCCAUAUAGUUGCGAAUAAUAUUUAGAAGAACGUACAAAUAAUGUUUUCGAGUGUUAGAUGUAUGCGCUGAAAUUUUUCCGGCUUUAAAGAUGUUGUUCUAUGAUUAUUUUUGCUCAGAAUUAGCCAUUUAAUUGACUCCAUAUUAUAUUGUAUCUAAUCGAUAUGGUAUCGCCUUUGCCUUGAUGCACGGAAGAAAAGGUUUGGUUGAAUUAACCAAAUAUCUGGUCGAAUAUGGACGAUCCAGAAAUUCCGAUUGA